UGAGUGGCCAGGAAUUAUUCCCUAGCUCUAUAAAUAUGCAUCGUCAUACAACAGCCAAUGAAGAGAUUUUGUCAAAGAAAACGAUAUCAGUUUGCAAAGGAAACACUUAAAUUCUAGGGUUUCUUCUUCGGCGGCCGUUACAAUAGUUUUUUCUGAAUUGUACACAACGUGAAUUGUGUUGCUUGAGACGAUUGUUUACGCACAAAAUUUAAACCUUUUGAUUUAAGAGUAGAUGAUAUAAUGGAGACUAAAGGUGGGAAAAAGAAUUCCAGUAGUAGUAAAUCUUUAUUCUACGAAGCUCCCCUCGGAUACAGCAUUGAGGACAUUCGACCAAACGGUGGCAUCAAGAAGUUCAGAUCUGCUGCAUACUCGAACGUGAGUAUCUAUAUACAAAUUGCUAGCAAGUUUGUUGUUAUACUAGAAUUGUUUUAAUAUUGUGAAAUGUGCAAACAUAAAAUUAAUUUUUCAUUUUUUUUUGCAGUGCGCUCGCAAGCCAUCCUGAUAUUCCAUAAUUCGUUUCCGGAUCGCGUCGUUGAGACGUUUUACAAGCUUUUUAGCAAUUAGUUUAGUUUUUUUCCCGUGCACUCCUUUUCUUCAUUCUUGGCUAUCCUCGUUUCUGCUCUUUAGUGGUCUGCUGCUUCUUCAUUCAAAAUGGCUUUAACUGCCUCUGCAAUAGGGUUUGAAGGUUUUGAAAAAAGGCUUGAAAUCUCAUUUUUUGAACCAAGCUUCUUUGCUGAUCCUGAGGGUAAGGGACUCCGAUCUCUUUCAAAAUCCCAAUUAGAUGAAAUCUUACAACCUGCUCAGUGCACCAUAGUUGCUUCACUGUCAAAUGAACAUGUCGACUCGUAUGUCCUCUCUGAGUCCAGCCUUUUUGUUUAUCCCUAUAAGAUCAUCAUCAAAACCUGUGGGACUACAAAAUUGCUUCUGUCGAUCCCUCCCAUACUCAAGUUGGCUGGGCUCCUUUCCCUUUCUGUUCAAGAUGUGAAGUACACCCGUGGAAGCUUCAUCUUUCCAGGAGCACAAUCAUUCCCACAUCGUUCCUUCUCUGAGGAAGUUGCUGUUCUUGAUGGCUAUUUUGGGAAGCUCGGUUCAAGUGGAAGCAAAGCCUAUGUUAUGGGAAGCUCUGAUAAGCGACAGCAAUGGCACAUCUAUUCUGCGAGUGCUGGAUCAGUUGAAUGUGAUAGUCCCGUGUACACACUGGAGAUGUGCAUGACUGGGUUGGACAGGGAGAAAGCUGCUGUCUUCUUCAAGAAUGAGUCGAAUGUUUCUAUGCUGAUGACAAACACCUCUGGUAUAAGAAACAUCCUCCCAAAAUCCCAUAUUUGUGACUUUGAGUUCGAGCCCUGUGGUUAUUCCAUGAACUCAAUUGAAGGAGAUGCUGUGUCGACCAUUCAUAUUACUCCAGAAGAUGGUUUCAGUUAUGCGAGCUUUGAAGCAGCAGGUUAUGACUUGAAAGCUGUGAAUCUUGGCGCUCUGGUUGAGAGGGUCUUGGCUUGUUUCGAGCCAAAUGAGUUUUCUGUGUCUGUGCAUGCUCAAUGCGGCGCUGAGUUAUUUGAGGAGAUCUGCUUCCCGGAGUUGAAAUGUUACAGUGGUGGAGAGAGAAGCGUUGAGGAGCUGGGUGCUGGUGGGGCCAUUACCUACCAGAAGUUUGUGAGGUCUGUUUCCUGUGGGUCUCCGAGGUCCACUCUGAAAUGUUUUAGAGAUGAAGAUGACGAAGAAGAAGAAAAGGAGUAGUUUGUCUUUGCUACUAGUCAAUAAAUGUUUUCCAACUAAGUUGUUUCUGUGUUUCCGCAUUGCUGUCUUUAUUUUCAUAUUUAUAUCUUGGUAUUCUGUUAUUUCAAUGACUCGAUUUGUUAUUGAGUAUUUUGUGAGUUUGUUCUA